AUGGAAACUGUGAUAAGUCAGUUUACGAAUCGCGACUGUAUUGAUGUCUGGAAAAUCAACCGUUGUACCUCACAUGUUGGUUAUAUUCUAAUUGUAUGGCAAGUCCUGAUUCUUUUCUACAAUCACACAGUCACAUCGUUCCUUAUGCACUAUUUAUUAAUCAGCUUCGAGAGCCCCGUACCAUUUUACACAUGUGGGCCGUGGAGCAACAGGCAAUGUAACAUUUUCUAUAGAAAUUAUACUGUGAACAAAAAUUGCAUUGGAAAACAGCACGGUGCACCGUAUUGCGAAGGUCUCUAUUCGACGUACCCCGAAUAUCAGUACUGGAGAUUUAACUUAGUCAAACUAAAUGAGAAACAUCAGAUAGCUUGGAAGAUAUGCUUGGCUUCGGGAGUAAUUUGUAUUUUAAUAUAUCUCAGUUGUUUCAAGAGAGAACGAUCUUUGAAAUGGGCGACAUACUUUUUAGCCAUCUACCCAAUAGCUGCUUACUCGGUGGUACUAACUGGGUCAUUACUUCAGAAGGGAAUAGUAUUCAAAUUCACUGAAGCAUUAGACUUCGAUUUCAAUGAGUUUUCGAAGAAGUUUAGAAUAUCUAACAUAGUUCAACGUGUUGUUUACAACUUAGGCAUCGGUUCUGGGGUGACAUUGAAUCUCUCAGCAAAUUCUCCCUUCCGCACUCCUUGCCUAUCCAACAGUGUUAUUUGCGUGGUGAUAUGCACACUAUUUACAAUUUUAACCAUCCUUACAACGGCUCUAAUGACGUGUCCCUAUGCGUUCGUGUUUGAUGACAAACCAGAGACAAUAAUGAAAAUACGUAUGUCAUUUCUCUUUGAAAAAGUGCCAAGAAUGUUAUAUCAUUAUGAGAGAAAUUCGUUUUAUUUAAUUACCACAUAUAGCUGUUACACAGUGCUCGGGUUGUGUACUGAUGUAAUGGUAUUCUACAAUUUAUUGGACGUGGCGGCGAAAAGAAAUGACAAAAUUGCGAAAUACCCAGGACUAACAUGUUUUUGUGGCAACUUGGUGCUGUUUCUAAUAACAAUACCAUUUUUUAAUUACUUCGGGAUAAACAUAUUUACUGUCAGCUUUAGAAGGCAUGUAAUAACUUUUACCAUAUUCAUAGCUAUGCUUGAAUGUAUCGUGUUUUUGACUUGGUACGGCGUGCAAAGAUUUUCAGAAGAUGUACACUUUAUGUUGGGAGUACAGCCGCAAUUUUGUAUCAAAACCGCUUGGAUUCUGUCAAGUAUAUUAUUGGGAUACUCAUUCUGUAGAGAGCUGGAUCACCAUUUGAGACUGACCACUCAAUUAAUUUAUGGGUCAUAUACCGUUUCGGUAAUAAUAGGACUAAUGAUACUAACGUUUAUAGGGAAGAUUGUAUAUGCUGCGAUUACCAAACAAUUACGUGAAUUAUUCCAGUUGGAUCCGACUUGGGGUCCAAAAACUGAAGUGUUACAAAGAAGUCGGGCAAUGUUUUCAGUUCAAGCAAUGACUAAAGAGUAUAUGUAUAGACAGUACCACUUGAAAGCGGGGAUCCUUUCGCGACAAAGGGAAUCAAAUGUAAGAAAUAGUUUUAAUUAA